AUGGGGGACAAUAAUGGCGCUUACAGCAAGGCGGAGUCUGAUGCACAUCACCGCCGAGGGUACCAGGCUUGUGAUCCGUGUCGCAAACGCAAGGUAAAGUGCGACCUAGGAAGUGUCGACAAUCCACGUCCCCCACCGUGUGUUCGAUGCCGUCGCGAAAGUAAACGAUGUGAAUUUUCAGCAACUCGGCGCAAGCGCAAGACCUCCGACAUUGCAGGAGAUGAAGCGGAGGCAGCGGCGAUCCUGCAUCGCGACAAGCGAAUGAUGGUAGGGGAGGUAGCCAAGAAUAAAAGCCCAGUGGAGGUCGAGGCCCCCCCAUUUGCAUCUGAUCCCUCCCAAUUUGAUCCCGAAUCCGUGCGUGUCAAACAGAGGUGGUCUGAGGCACCGUCGGCAACGCCAGCCCCGCGGUACACGCCCAGUGCCCCAAUAUCACGGGCUCCCCCGUACUCCGUUGAGCGCACCGUGCCGCCUAGCUAUGGAGGACCCCCGAUGAUGAAUCGCACGGCGGUGGAGCUGCUAUCACCUGCAAUCACUAAUACCCACGAGGCUUUGCAUCUACUUUCUGAAGCAGCGGGCAGGACAGAGGACCUCAACCGUCAAAGUCUCGAGAAUCGGUUCGCCGCAAAGCAAUCUGUCUCCUCGUAUAACUCGGGACCUUCACCUCUCGCGCAAGGCAACUCGCCACGGAGCAUGGGUGGAUCCUUUGUGCGAACUCCUCGAUCAGGAGUGUCCAUGGGCGGCUCGACAUAUUUCCCGGCUGGUGUCUCGGGGUCGGUAGAUCCCCAGUCAGCGGAUGCUGUCCCACAAAGGGAAAGCCCGGUCAAUAAUACUCCCCAUGACCCGGGGUAUCUCGAUGCAAUCCGAGCUUGGUCGCGAUUGCGAUUCGUUCGUGCCGGUUGGCUAACGGUGGAGGAGGGAAUGGACUAUGUGGCAUAUUACUAUGAGAACCUCGCACCGAUGAGCCCUGUUGUGAUCCCUGACUUCUCCCUUCCCUCUACGCACCGCACAUUGCUCACGGAUGAACCGGUGCUGGCGGUCACUAUCCUCACCAUCGCAUCCAGACAUUUGAAACCCAAGGGCGAUGGUGCUAAUACACGGGCAUUCUACAUCCAUGAUCGACUCUGGGCUUACCUCCGCGGCAUGAUUGAACGUCUAUUUUGGGGCCAAGAGAAGUUCGAUCCUGGGACAUCAGGCAUUGGGCGACCUCGGUCGCUUGACCUGAGCUCCCCUUCAACAUCAGGUAAAGGUGGUGUGAAGGGACAGUUGAGGUCGUUGGGUACCGUGGAAGCUAUGUUACUUCUCACAGAGUGGCAUCCCCGAAACCUACACUUCCCGCCGGGCGACGAUGAGAAUUCUCUUCUAGACAUCGAUCCCCAGACACAUAGUCGGGCCGAUAACCCCUUGGGUCACGACGGUGAACACACCGGCAGCAAAGGGUCAGAGGGAAGGGUUGCAUUCCAAAAAUGGCUGGAACCAGCCUGGCGGUCAGAUCGAAUGUCGUGGAUGCUCCUGAGCACAGCGCAAGCUCUGGCGUUUGAACUUGGCGUCUUCGACCCUAAAGAAGACGCCAAGACGGCCAAUGAACCGCUGUCUGAGCAAACUCGGAAGCGCCGAUUACGGCGUUUAAUCCUCGUGUUUAUCACGCAUAGCAGUGGUCGUUUAGGCAUUCCUUCUAUGCUUCCAUUGCCUCAAUGGGGACAGGAUAUCACACCGACGCUUGCUGAUGCAAAGGAUGCCGAUGCCAAUCUCGAUCGGAUGCAAGACUGCUGGAUCAGUAUCUCGAAGAUUGUGUAUCAAGCCAACCAUCUCUUGUUUGCUUCCAGUGACCAAACUAUGGAGUUGAUUAGGACCGGGAGGUAUCGUGAGCAGAUCGACCGAUUCCAGCCGUUUUUACGGGACUUCCAGCAACAGCUGGACAGUGUUGAUCUUUCACCGGCCAUGCGGAGCGUUUUACUUAUUGAGCUCGAGUAUACCCGUCUCUAUAUCAAUUCUCUCGCCUUACAAGCCGUCGUCGAUCGAUGGACGACCAUGUCCAACGAGUCUGCCCAAAGUAACAAUCCGAUACAGAAUGGACAGUCAGGAUCGGGGCCGUCUCAUAGCAACAGCUGGUUCCAAACGUUGAAUGAGCUCUACCGUGUCAAUGAGCCUUAUAUCCAGGAAGUCGUCGAUUCCUCACGCAAAAUCCUGCAGACAGUUUUAGACGGCCUUGUUCCCGGAGGCCGCCUCAGGCACGCCCCCAUUCGAACCUUCUUCCGAAUUCUGUCUGGCAUGAUCUUCAUUUUGAAGACUUUCACACUAGGUGCUCGGGAAGACGACGUGCGUGUCUCGCUCGAUCUGCAGGACCGUACAGUGGAGGCAUUGCGCCUUUACGUCGUGGAUGACGUGCAUAUCAGUAACACGGUUGCCCGACUUCUGGAGCUUCUCACAAGCAGUAUCCGCACGCGCUUCCUACGCUUCGCACCCCCUGACCGUGGUCCCGAUGGAGAGGGACAUGAGCGCACAUCGGUUUCCGGCUCCCGACCUCACUCUCCAUCGCGCGAGAACACCGCACCUCGUCGUGACGGCCCGCAUACCCCCUGGUCCGCUAGUCAAGGUCAUGAUACAACGUCGGGCGGAUCGGGCCUAGGAUAUGUGGAUACCCAUGGGUCCCACUCGAUUGGGUCGUCGCAUGAUCCGCUGGCGAGCAUCCCUGCGCAGCCGAUCAAUUCGUCGAACCUCAACGUAUCCUUCAUGCCGCCUCCACCAUCUGUGUAUCACAACUACUAUGACUCAAACGCGACAUUCCCUACCAGUGAUAUGGACAGGUCAUCGCCAAGUCACGUACCCUCCUCGCAAGCUAUGGGCGACAGCCAUCACUCCACCGCGCUUCCGGAUUGGUUUGCGUUGCCCCUCGAUCAAUUCUUCAAUAGCUCUACUGGCGCCGUUGACCAGGGUCUGGGUGGAACUGGUCCCAUGCUUGGCGAGUUCGAUAUGCUUGAAGUGCUUCUCAAUGAGGGCUACGAUGGUAAUCCUAACGGUGAAGGUGACAACGUGGGUGGGCUGUCAUCCCAGUACCUAUGA